AUGACCGAUAGAAACUUCCAGGCCGAAUACGACGAGCUUCUGGGUAACUUUGUAGGCAACACGUUAAGUGAACUCACGCCGUUCAUGUCUGGACCAGAAUACAACCCGAACCUGGACCGUACACGGAAUCGAGGUGCUGCGGCCAGCGUGCUGGAAACCCUGCAGCGCGACCAAAGAGAAGAGGACGACUCCCGGCGCCAAGCCACACAGCUGCCCCCGGUUUUUGGAUACAGGACCGCUAGAUCUCUGAGCGGUCGGCAGCGACUUGACGGCACUGAGGACGACCUGGAGGCGGUGAGGGCCUUGUGGAACAGAAGAGCGCAAUAUAGCUCGUCGCCCUUCUCUCCACCUAGGAUGCCUCCCAAUCAGUCACCGCGCAACCUGUCGCCGCUUCCUCAUUCGGAAGAGUAUCCCGAAGAGAAUCGUCGGGUAAAGAGGAGGAAGCUGGAUUCUGAAAAGGCCUCGCAGGCUUUCAAAGGCUUUCGUUAUGGGUGGUAUGGGCAGGUGGAGCCUGGUCAACUGAAGAUGGAAAUCAUGAGCUGCGACGGCGGCUUGUUCGAGAAUGCGCCUUCAUACGCUCAUGAAAACAUACUAAGAGACGACAAAACUGUCUACUGCACGCAGAGUAACCGAUGCAAUAUCGUCCUAAAACACCAGGGCUGUACGGCCUUCAGCCUGAAAGAGCUUGUGAUCAAGGCACCCGCUUCAAACUACUCAUCACCUGUGCGAGAGGGCAUGGUGUUCGUAUCUAUGAACCAAGAUGAGAUCAUGACGAGGACGGCAGCAUACGAAAUACAUUACGAAGAGACGGACGACGAAGACACGCCGAGAAUCUCUGUCAACCGGCGCGCACCCAAUAGAAUUGGAUCACUGCCAUUCGAGAGCGACAGCAGUGACGAUGGCAACCCAUUUGCAUCAGACGAGUACGGUUUUGAGGACUCUUUCAAUAAUAGGCGUCGAGACCCAUCGGGUGGCACGUCUCUGGCAGAGGCCGUGGAGGCGGACCAGAUGGCCACCCAGGAGGCUGUGCGAGCCGUAGGCGGUGAACUCAUGGCCCCCCAUGCAAAGUUCUUCAUCGAGAAGGACAAAAGCAAGUGCACCAUACGGUUUGACCCCCCAGUAUCGGGGAGGUUUAUUCUUCUCAAGAUGUGGAGUAGCAGCCGGGCGUCCGGCAGCAAUAUCGACAUCCAAGCAGUACUCGCCAAGGGGUUCGCGGGACCACGAUAUUUCCCUUCGGUGGAGUUGCGUUAA